AUGUGGACACAUGCACCUGACCUCGUGAGAUCUCUCUCACGUACAUUAGAAACGUUGCAAGUGCGCCCCACGGCACGCGUAUCGAUCGGAAGAAGCCGAGCGGGAGUGUUAAGGUACGCUCUCCGAGACCUUUCCCUUCUAUUCAACUUUUUCGAAUCCUUUCGAUACUAUCAGUCCUAUUUUCAACGAAAAUUGUUUUUGAAAAAGUUUAUGGUUUCAGAAUGCAACGCCCGGAACGAAUCCGUUUUUUCAUCACCGAACAGUGCCGGCGACUCGAUCCGACCUAUAGGAACUUUGUGAGCAUUUGUCUUGAAUUCUAUUCCAUUAUUUUUGUAUUCAGAUGUAUCCAAAGCAGAUCUUAAUUGGAGACUUGCCAUUGCCACUUCUCGAAGGUUCUUCAUUGACCUUUCGUGUCAAUCAGCAAGUGGGUUUGGUGUUUUUUAAAUUCAAAUAAUUUUAUUACCAUUAAUUUCGACUAAUCUUACUUUGAUGCAAUGCAAACUUUCCAGAAGAAGAUCAGUUUCCGAAUCCGUCUGUCCGGCAAAGAACUGCACUCCGGCGAGCCUAUCAACAUCGGAAUCCCGUUGACUCAAGUGGAGAGCAUGUCCAUAAAGGACCACAGCCGAAAGCACCCGGAAGCCGCGCUCGUCUUCCUUCUCAAGAACAGCGUCGUCGAUAAGCUCAAAGAACUGUGCCGUCCGUACUUGGACCAGAUCCCCUCAACCGGAUACAAACGACACAUUUCCCGCUAUCUGACGGUCAUUGUGGGCACGGACCCGAUCUCGAAACAGGCGGUCUACAGCCGAGUCGUUCUGCUCGCCAACAAGUUCACUUUCCCGUUCGGAACUGCCAAGAAAAUGCUGAUGAAGGAUGUAAGUCUCGAUAUAAUUUAUCGAAAGAAAUAACCAUUCGUUUUCAGAUUCCUCUAAUGUGGGACGACCUGGUCGAGGAGAGAAACGAGGCACGCGUGCGCACCGGCGUUCAUCACGACCGCGAGCAAAUGACCGAAAUGGACGAUGAGGCGUGGGACUGGCUCAUGUCGUUUCUCCGCAUGAAAUGGGGAAGAUGUCCGUACCAGGGAAACUGGCUCGUCAGAGACGAAGCCGCUCAUCGUCGUCACGCGUUAUUGUAAGUUAAUUAGAGUCCAGCGCAAGCCAAAUGAAAAUGAAAAUUUUAGAAAUAAACCGAUCAAGAGUGAAUUCCUCGAAGAAAUCGAUAUCAAGCAGGAAGUUUGCGCUUCGAAGCGUAUGAAGUACGAGUCGGCCGCCGAUUCCCUUCCCGAAUCAUCAUCCCCGGACUCUGUUUCCUUGUUUUAA